UUUUUUUGAGGCUUCCGCACUCUCGUCUCGGCCGUGUUCGCACCUAGGUUCAGUUAGGAAGAUCAUCACAGUAUGCUGGGCUCUGGAUUUAAAGCUGAGCGUUUACGAGUCAAUUUGAGAUUAGUCAUAAAUCGUCUUAAACUACUGGAGAAAAAAAAAACUGAACUGGCCCAGAAGGCACGGAAGGAAAUUGCUGAUUAUCUUGCUGCUGGGAAGGAUGAAAGGGCUCGGAUCCGAGUGGAGCACAUUAUUCGGGAGGACUACCUUGUGGAGGCCAUGGAGAUCCUGGAGCUAUAUUGUGAUCUGCUGCUGGCUCGGUUUGGCCUCAUUCAAUCUAUGAAGGACCUAGAUACUGGUCUGGCUGAAUCUGUGUCUACAUUGAUCUGGGCUGCUCCUCGACUCCAGUCAGAAGUGGCUGAGUUGAAAAUCGUGGCUGAUCAGCUUUGUGCCAAGUAUAGCAAGGAAUAUGGCAAGUUAUGUAGGACCAACCAGAUUGGAACGGUCAAUGACAGGCUAAUGCAUAAAUUGAGUGUGGAAGCCCCACCCAAAAUCCUGGUGGAACGGUACCUGAUUGAAAUUGCCAAGAACUACAAUGUGCCCUAUGAGCCUGACUCUGUGGUUAUGGCAGAAGCUCCUCCUGGGGUGGAAACAGAUCUUAUUGAUGUUGGAUUCACAGACGAUAUGAAGAAAGGGGGCCCUGGAAGAGGAGGAGGGGGCGGUUUCAUAGCACCAGUUGUUGGACCUGAUGGGACAAUGCCAAUGCCAAUGCCUAUGCCGAUGCCUAUGCCAAUGCCAUCUCCAAACACACCUUUCUCAUACCCACUUCCAAAAGGACCAUCGGAUUUCAAUGGAUUGCCAAUGGGGACUUAUCCCAGUAUUCAUCCACCUCAGAUACCAGCAACUCCCCCAUCGUAUGAAUCUGCUGAUGACACUAAUGCUGAUAAGAAUGUCUCUUCUGCACAGAUUGUUGGUCCUGGACCAAAGCCAGAGCCCACUGCAAAGCCCUCUUCUAGAGCUGGGGAUACCUAUGACAACUUUGUGCUCCCAGAGCUGCCCUCUGUACCUGACACACUACCAACUGCAUCUGCUGGAGCCAACACCUCAGCAUCCGAGGACAUUGACUUUGAUGAUCUUUCCCGGAGAUUUGAAGAGUUGAAGAAGAAAACAUAGGCACUUAAAACCCAGCAGCACCACAAGUUCUGGUUGUUGAGACUGAGCAGUUAACAAAGAAUCUACAUGACAUGUUUCAUCUCCCAACCAUCACUGAGCACAUUCUUCCUUUGGGCUCUUCUGCUCUACCAAAUUCUGCUACUUUCAAGUUUUCUAAUGCUCAUAGGAGACUCAAUUGGAUACUUUCAUGAGCUGGAGCAGCUGGCUCCCAACAGCCUGCUCUUCCAUUUCCUGUUGGUGUGAUCCCAGGUCUCCCCUCACUCAUCCCACCAUCCUUCCAUAGGGGAGUGAGCAGGUGAAAGUAGUGUGGGGAGAGCUGCUAGUGAAGGCUGGACAACAGAGAAGAGUACUUCAUGAAGUGUUUCAGCUGUGUACUGAGGUUUGAGACUUAGAAACAGACCCCUCUGUGUAUAUUUCUCACUCAAAUAUGAAUGGGAAAGAGAAGACUUGGGAAGCCAUUGUAACAAUUCUUGGAAGCUGGGUCCUCUGAUUGGCAUAUACACUAUUCCGUGCUACAGGGCACUGUUCCACCUGGAUCCAGUUGCAAAGCUUAUUUGGAAAGUUGAAAGCCUCUCUUUGUUCUGCUGGAUUCUCAGGGAGCCCUCUGUGGCCUUUUGCUUUAUUUUGAGUACUGGUCCCUUUUUACCAGAGGACAGCACUAGAAAAAUUACUGUUUUUUUUUUUUCUUAGAGCAUGUUCUGUGGGUUCUCAAUUACGGACUAAGAACGGGCCACAUGUUGUGCAGAAGUCACCAUUCAAGGCUAAGGUGGGCUUCCAGUUGCCUUAAUAGAAGUACUCAAGUCUCUUGGGUAGUGAGCUGGAAAGCCUAUAGAAGAGGGGUUCCUGUUUUCAUUUGAAAACUUUAUGAUUAAGAGAACCUUUAAAAGUAAUUUCAGAUUAAGAAUUUGGUCCCCUUGUAGCUGCAGUAAUUCUCUGCUUUCCUGAAUUUGUGAGUCUUCCUUUUGUAAUGUCUGUGCUCCUUUGCCUAGCAAAGGCCCUCCACAUGGAUGGCUGUGCAAUUGAGAAAUGGGACUUUGGCUUCUGUCUAAUGUCUUUGGCUUCUGUCUAAAAGUUCCUUUUCUUUAAUGUUUUUGAUUGUAUUUCAUAACUCAAUAGCUGAUAAUAAAGUUAGAUUCUGUGCCCUACUUUCUCCACUGGUUUGGGUUAAGCAACGAGAAUAUUGGAUUUAUAGGGAUGCAUUUUAAGCAAGUAACUAUGCAGGACACAGCCAGAACUCAGCUUUGGCUCCCUGCAGCAGGAAAGGGCCUACUUGUAUGUUUACACUAAUGGCGGCAAAUCUGGCAUUUGCUUGGGUCUUUGGAUUAUCAAUCAAACUUGUGUUUAUUUAUAUUUUUCAGGAGAUUUUACUAGGCAUGGACCCUAACCUGGGCCUUCUGCAUGCACUCCAGCUGGUUGAACUUAACCCUUAACAACUACUACAUUUUUAAUCAGCAGCAGUGAACUCACUUGUGAUUCUCGAUUCCCACGUGCAACCAUACAGGAACAUGAUUGUGUAGUGUUCUCCUAGUCGGUGCUGGUUUAUUCUGUAACCUUUUCCUGACAGUGCUAAGAUCCAUACGCAUGGAACUUGUAGCAGAGAGGACUUUGAUUUCUCACUAAUAAAAACUGUAUUUUAAACAUC